AUGGUACGCUUGGCACGGCUCGUCUUUUGCGCGCUCCUCGUCUGCUUUUUCAGGAUUGGCAGUUCGGAGAAACUGUCGCACCAUUCCCGGCAUUACAAGAGCUCACCCGAGUCCAGUUUAGGAUAUCUGAAUUCGUACCAUCCCAACAGGUACCCUCUCUACAUGAUGCAGCUGUACCGCUCCUUCAAGACUGCAGACUCCUCACAGUCCGCGGCUGUCAGCGCAGCGGAUGACAGACCCUCUCCACACGAUUCUGAUUCAGUCCUCAGUCUGAUAGCAAAAGGUUGCCAUCAAGUGGGUGAGAAAUGGACCAUCAGUUUUGACAUGUCCUCCAUCUCUGUGAGUGACGACGUCCAGCUGUCAGAGCUACGGAUCAGACUACCAGCGUUCUCCGCCUCCAAGCGCGUCACAUUGGACAUUUAUCACUCACGAAAGGAGGACUGCGAGUCUGACACUGAACUGUGCAGCGAGGAACGCUUUCUCUUGGGCAGCUUUGGCGCAUUGCCCAGUGACACCAGGUCUCAAUGGAACGUGUUCAAUGUGACAGCUCUGCUCAAAUAUUGGCUGCACCAGGGAGACGCAGUGAAGCAAAUCCAAGAAGCAAGAGUUGGAGAUGUGAUAGAGGAAGAACACGGGAGUGGGGCACCGGACGACAGAGAGGAAAUUGACAUGGCCUACAUCGGGCAUAGGCGAAAGAAAGUUCACCAUCCGACAGACGAACGGGUUAUGAUGGUUGUCUUCUCCAAGCACAAUCUGCCCCGAGUUGGCGAGAGCGCACCCACUCUCAUCCGUACCGUGGAGCACUCCAAAUACGCAAUUUUGGACCAAGUCAGCCGUGAAGCUCAAGGGCGACGCCACAAGAGAAACCGAAUGGAGAGAGUGCGGAUGGCCGGCGGAAUUGCAGCUAAUGCUACUGGGUCAGCGGCUGAAGCCGUCCAACGCCCACUCUGUCGGAAGAUUGACAUGUGGGUAGAUUUCGACCAGAUCGGCUGGAAUGAGUGGAUUGUGUAUCCAAAGCGCUACAACGCGUUCCGCUGCGAGGGCGAGUGCCCUACUCCGGUGGAUGAAUCCUUCAGUCCCACCAACCACGCAUACAUGCAAAGCCUGUUGAGACUGUACCAUCCGGAUCGCGUGGGUUGUCCCUCCUGCGUGCCCGCGCACCUCAGCCCGCUGUCCAUGCUGUACUACCGGGACGAAGACGUGGUGUUGCGGCAUCACGAGGACAUGAUCGUGGAGGGGUGUGCCUGUCACUGA